AUGACGUGCAUAUACAUUCUCCACCCAGUUCACAACACGCACGGUGACAACAUCGGUGUCAAAGCCUGGGCAGGUUCUCGUUAUCGGCGGUCCACAGCUAUCCACAGCUCAGAUGAAGAAGAGACUGUGCCUCGGCGUCGUGCACGGCCCCGCGAUGAUGACGAGAGGGAUGCUGAUGAGGAAGAUGACCCGGAUCCAAUGCAAGGGCGUCGCACAUGGUCUAGGGAUGAUGACGAGGAAGACGACCCGGAUCUGAUGCAAGGGCGUCGCGCACAGCCCAGGGACGAUGACGAGGAAGACGGCCCAGAUCCAAUGCACUGGCAAGAGCCUGAUGUGCAAGAUGAUCGACAAGGCACCCAGUCGCCGGCCGACGACUUCGACAACGACGCUGUACAGGAAGACCGUUGGAUCGACGAGGAUGAGCCCGGGCUCCUUGAGGAGGACGACCUGCAGCGGCGAUCCUCUCCUCCGCUGAUCCAGCGCCGUCGGGUGCCCUCCAUGGAUCGUGAGCCCCGCCUCACCGACGAGGAGGCUGAGGAAGAUGUUGAGGAAGAUGCGGAGGGCGAGCACGGUAGUGACUCGGAUGUGGAGAAUGGCAGCGAGAUCCACUCUGGACGACCUCGUCAGAAGGACUACGCUGAAGAUGUGCAGCAAAUACUGACAAUCGCGUGCAGCAUCUUCCGCUGCCAUGUCUCAACAAUCAACCCAUUCCCGGACAGUGCGCUCGAGAUGCGUUGGGCACAGCUCGCUUGGGGCGAGGCAUGCCGAGAACUUGAAGGGAGAUAUGCGGCCAGCCCAAGUAUUCUCCGGAUAAUCAUGGCACGAACAAGCCAAACCCGUAGUGAGCUCAAGACAAAGAUCAAAUCCCUGAUCGAGAAUAUGUAUGGCUUUAGCGACAAUGCUGUGCCCGAAGAGAUCAUCCGAAACCGUGAGCGUGCAGAGAAUCUCAAGUAUGAGUCUGCAUUUGUUUAUAAGGAACCUGCUCUAGGGCAACGUGACUUUGGAGCUCGCGAGGGGAUGUACCGGCAUCCGAUGAUUCAGAAGACCAUCAACAUCAUGUGGUUCGCCAACAAGUCCGAUGAAGGGGUUUGCUACCGACGUUUCUUUGAUCCUUUGACAAUCGAGACCAUCGCAUUUGUGCUGACAGCGAUUCAGUGUGGGAUUGAUGAGUGGGGCACCGGCAUACACGCUGAUCGGGCAUUUGCUGUCAAUGAAUACCAUCCCGUGUACAAGACGCACAAGGCGAAUCUGGAAGCAUUUGACGGCAUGGGUGACGACGCUCAUGGGGUCCUACUUGACAUUCGUAAGCUGCUCCAUUCGAACGGACGGUUUCAUUCUGGUGCCGAGAGCGUGGAUGCCGGUCACAGGCUGACCACGCUUUCACGUGACGCGUUGACAGCUGGGCUUCGUCAGGCCCUGGAGGCGAAGGCUCGUAAUGGGCAGCUCUGA